GUCCGCUUCUCUAGAAACUUCAGAACCUCGUUCCUAUAUGCUUUACCUGCCUUUUUUUAAUGUCUUCUACAUCUUUCGCUGCGUAACGUAAGAAACCCUCGCUAUUAAGAAAAAAUUACGAUAGAUCUAAAACACUCCAUCCUCUACCUUUAACUGUUCAUUUGUUUAAGAUGUCCUACUCUAGGAGGUCAAGCUAUUCUCCUUCUCCUUCCCCAUACAAGAGGUACAGGAGGUCUGUCUCGAGAUCUUUGUCAAGGUCAAGGAGUCGCUCAAGGAGUGUUGAAAAUCCUGGGAACAAUUUGUAUGUGACAGGCUUGUCACAUCGGAUCACCAAGAGAGAGCUGGAGAAGCAUUUUUCCAGUGAGGGAAAAGUGGUUGAUGUUCAUCUUGUGGUUGAUCCGUGGACAAGGGAAUCUCGUGGCUUUGGGUUCGUUACAAUGUCGACUAUAGAAGAAGCUGAACGUUGCAUUAAGUAUUUGAACCGCUCUGUUCUUGAAGGACGUGUCAUUACAGUGGAGAAGGCCAAGAGGCGGAGGGGGAGAACUCCUACUCCAGGAAGAUAUUUGGGGUUGAGAACUUCUCGUGCUCGUCAUCGAUCUCGAAGCAACUCACCUCGUCGAUCUCCAAGUUAUUCUUCUUAUUCAAGAAGUCAGAGUCGGUCUCCUCGUUAUUCAUCUGGUAAGGGUAGGAGUAGAUCUUACUCCCCUCGGCACAGGUCGUACUCCCGUGCUCCCUCCCCUUACAGCGGAUCGUCAGAUGACCGCUACUAUAGAAGAUGGGACCGUUCCUACUCUCCUGAUGAUCGAUACUACAGAAGGCGUGAUAGAUCUUACACUCCCGAGGACUGUUACUACCGCAGGCGGAACCGUUCCUACUCACCUGAUGAUGGAUACUGUAGAAGGCGGGACCGUUCUUAUGCACCUGAUGAUCGGUACUACAGAAGGUGGGAUCGUUCCUACUCACCUGACGAUCGAUACUACAGAAGGCGGGACCGUUCCUACUCACCUGAUGAUCGAUACUAUAGAAGGCGUGACCGGUCCUAUGAUUCAGCUGACUGUAGAAGUUAUCGUUACCGCUCUGCUUCUGGAAGCCCUACACCAUCUCGGUUAAGGAAAAGUUCUAGGAGGAGCUACUCACAUAGUUUGAGCCCCAAGCAAAGGAGCAGCUCAAGACGGAGUUACUUGCGCGGUGCAUCACCCGUAGAGAGGAGGUCAAGGAGGAGCAUUACACCACGUAAGAAAACUACCCCUCACAGCCACUCUAGAAGUAGAAGUGCAAGCCCGUCUUCCAGAUCGUUUUCAAGAUCAGCGACGCCCAGGUCUGAUUCUUCAUCGUGAAGGGUAGUGCUUUAGUUGAUGUAUAUUUUGGAUGAAUGAUGUUGUCCUUGUAGUUUCAAUAGAACCUUAUAAAUAAUUGGUUUGUGAACUUAAGAAGUGGUUUAAUUAAAUACGACUACAAAUUUGCUCAA